AGGACGGGCACAGCCGGUGAGCAGGAGGCGCAGCCGGGAUGCUGACAGAAAAGCGCACAGCUGCUCCCGUCACCUGCGCUGCGCCAUAGGCAGUAACGGCGCACGCACAUGCGGUUAAAUGUUGCGGUACAAACACCAACAUGCAUGUGUCGCUGUCCGGACGCACCGAGCGCGCGCUCUUCUUGACUUGACAGCCUGGCGGCGCGGCGCGCGCCGUGACAGGGACGUCCGCUGUCCACGGUGCUGACGGGUCGCGUCCGUUCUGCAGCCGGGCUCGGCUCGGCUCGGUCCGUCGGCCUCUCGAGCGCAAUUUUGCACACGCCUGCGUGUGUGUCGCGUUGACCGGCGUGCAGGAGCGGAGGAGGCGGAUGCGUUUGCCCCCGGGGGAAUUUGCGAGAUCACCUUUGUCGUUCACCUUGAAAAUAACAAAACGCCUGAAAGGUUCAUGGAUCAUAUGCAGAAGAAACAACUCAGUGCUGAUCUCCGUGGGCCCAGAACGCAACCCGGACCCUGUGCAGUGACUGGAGGCGGACCCGCUUUGCCCCCGCAGCUUGAAAUCCACGAGCCGCCUCACAUCAUGACAUCCGAGGUGCUGAAAAAGCCGCGGGACCCGAGCCGCGUCCAUCCUGCGCCUGCGCCUUCCAGGACGACGACGUCCGGGUCCACUCCAGCGACACUGGCGAUCAUCGGCCGGCCGAGACCAACCGCCCUCGGAGCCAAACCGGCUCCGAAGCCGCCCAGGACCUCAGCGGACCCCAGCAUGGAUAUCGAUUUAAGCCCCGUCUGCAUCCCGGGCCCUCAGAGUGCCAACGUCCUGCCACACUCUCCCACAGACACCUCGCUCCCCCGUCUCAGUCCCCAGAGUCCCCGCAGCCCCCUGUGCUACAGCGGCCGGCCUCACCUCAGUCCCCUCGACCCGACCGCGCCCUCCGGCCUCAGCCCUCAGCCUCAGAGGACCGGCUCCACGCAGGUCCAGGCUCAGCCCGAGAGGCCGGGACCGGAGAGCAGCGACUUCAGGGUGCACAUCGUCACAUGGAACGUGGGAUCAGCCGUCCCCCCGGAUGACAUCACCUCUCUGUUCGGCCCGGGCGUCUCGGACGGGAGCGUCGACGUGGUGAUCAUCGGACUCCAGGAGGUCAACUCCAUGAUAAACAAGAGGCUGAAGGACGUGCUGUUCUCGGACCAGUGGAACGACCUGUGCAUGGACACGCUCUGUCCCUUCGGAUACGUCCUGGUGGCCUCCCAGCGAAUGCAGGGGGUGCUGCUGCUGGUUUUCGCUAAAUUCUGCCACCUUCCAUUCCUCAGAGGUGUGCAGACACAGAGCACUCGCACAGGACUCGGGGGAUGCUGGGGGAACAAAGGGGGCGUCAGCGCCAGGAUGACGGUGUUCGGGCACCCGGUGUGCUUCCUCAACUGUCACCUGCCGGCUCACAUGAGGAACCUGGAGCAGAGGAUGGAGGACUUCGAGAGCAUCCUGCAGCAGCAGCAGUUCGAGGGCGGCGCCGCCACCGGCGUUUUAGACCACGACGUCGUGUUUUGGUUUGGGGAUUUGAACUUCCGCAUCGAAGACUACGACAUCCACGUGGUGAAGUGUGCCAUCGACAGCAACAAGCUGCCUCUGCUGUGGGAGCGGGAUCAGCUCAACAUGGCUAAAAGCACAGCGUCUGUACUGGACGGCUUCAUGGAGGGUGCGCUCAGCUUCCCACCCACCUAUAAGUUCGACGUGGGCACCCACACGUACGACACCAGCGCCAAGAAGAGAAAACCCGCCUGGACCGACCGCAUCCUCUGGCGCCUGCGUCGCACCGGCUCCCCGGUUCCUACCCACAAUGCAGCGCUGCAGCGUGGGCUCACCUCAUGGUUGGGCGGCGCAACCAAAGUGACCCAGUGUUCGUACCAAAGCCACAUGAGCUUCACCAUCAGCGACCACAAGCCUGUUUCUGCCCUCUUCUCUCUGCAUUUCCCGUUCAGGGUGGACAUGCCGCUGGUGGAGCUGCAGGCGAACAAGGAGUGGUGUAAAGCCUCUGAUGCCACAGUCAGAUUCACCGUCGCAUCAGCUUAUCAGCGCAGCUCCUGGGACUGGGUGGCGAUAUACAAGGUCGGGUUCAGACAUUACAAAGAUUAUCAGGCGUACGUGUGGGCCAAGGGGGAGCAUGCGACGCAGGUGACAUUUUCAGAGGAAGAAUUGCCACGAGAAGACUGUGAAUACAUCCUGGGCUACUACAGCAAUAACAUGAACAGCAUCGUUGGACUGAUGACAUCAAUUCAGAUCCGGAUACCCGUCCACAGCCCCGCUGCCAAUCGUUCCGACAGUUCCGACCUCAGCUCAGAGGACGACAGCACCCUUGUGCUGCUGGCUCCGAACUCCCGCAGCCCAAGCCCGAGCAAACACCACCGCCGCCGCCACCGGCGUAGCCGCAGCCCGGCCGUCCCCGCGCUGUCCUCCAACCCCCUCCCAUCGCUGCAGGGCCUCAGCCUCUGUCCGCGCUCCAAAGACGGGCCGGCGCCGAGCCGCUCGCCCUGCUCCGCCGCUAAGAAGGAGCGGCUGGUGUCCCCGGACGCUGCGACGCCGCCGGCCCUCAGCCCCCUCAGCCCCCGCAGCCCCGUGUCGCCGGGGGGUGGGGUGAGCGCGCCGGAGGCCUUGAUCGCUGCCAUCUUAGGCGAACACAGACCAGCUCAGGGCCUCGCGGGAGUCAAACACAUGGGGAAGGCAGGGGAGGCAGACACUGCAUAGAAAGAGCCAUCAGCAGAAGGAAACAGGGAUAUCCAUGCAGCCCGUGUGAUCUGACCCCACACUGUCACUGUGCUCUUAGCUGCAGCACCUCUACUGACUCUACUUACUGUAGUUUGCAAACAUUCCACAUCUUUCUUGGAUCUGUCUCUCAUCCACUGUGUGUUUGUGGGUCUCUAGACUCCCGUUGACAAGUGCUUUUAUAGACUCAUAAGCUAUAUCGUGCGUAAACAAACAUAUUGAAUGUGAAACCAAAGUGAUGGAUGUAACCGGUUAUUACUCAUAGAAGUGGAUCCAUGUAAACAGGCUUGUAUCACAAUAAGGAUACUGAACCAUUGUUAGUGAGCGUGUGUGUUCGAGCUUGUGGGUUAAAACGUGCUUUAAUUACCAACAGAUGAUGGUUUAGAUUAACUCUAUAGUUCUUGGUCUGUAUUCAUCUGCUAUAUCAAACACUAGCGAUAAAGCAUUUUACCACCACAAUCGAUCUGAAUUUUACAUGUGACUUAAACAGCAAUGCGACAUCAGUUUAGCGGCUUUGUGGAUACAGCCCCUGCUCUAUAGAGUGAAUGUGUCUGAAUUACUGUCUGGGUGUGCAAAUAAAAAGAACACAAUUAAA